AUGGUGUCUGCCUUUGCUGAGAAUUCUGGUGCAGCUGAUGCCUGGAGGGCGUGGAUGCAGUUCACGAACCAGUACUGCAACUGCGCACAGGAUCGGCAGCUCAAGGCGGACCCGCGGGCUCACAGGGUUUGCGGCCGCACUCCGAUCUUCGCGUAUGCCGCGCCGGGCGCUUCCCCUGAGACGAUGCGACCACCCCAUGCAGCGGCGUAA